CCUCUGACAUGCGCGGAUUAAUUUUCCGGUGUAACCGGAAGUGUAUUUAGUAACAAGUCAGGGUCAACACCGGCUGUCAUAUUAUCAAUAACAAAAAGAGAUGCUCAAUGGAUAUUCUGAGGCCAGAGAUAAUUAAAAUUGGUAAAAGAUGUUAUAGAAAGAAUCCAGUAUUGCAUACUGACGUCAAUGCUGCGGAGGAAGAAGACUUUACAGAACGUAUCAUCUCCGAUUAUAAUGACGAAAUCUGUGCCCUGGAUCAGCCGAAUGUUGAGGAAACGUCUGAUGGCUUUCGCACUCUGGUGAAGGCACCAAGCACUCUCUUCAAGUUUGUGAUUGGCCGACAAGGAGAGUCAAAAAAACGCCUGGAGACUGAAACUAGGACAAAGAUUAAAAUUCCCAAACAGGGUCAGGAGGGUGACAUUGUGAUCCAAGGUCACGAGCGUAUGGGCGUUAUAUCUGCAAAGACGCGCAUAGAAGUGCUGCUGGACUCUGGUCGACAGAAGACGGCCUUUACACACUUUGUCUCCGUGCCGUUCAAUACUGCAGAGAUCAUGAAUGCUUUUACAGACUUCAAAAACGAUGUUCUCAGGGAUUGUGAUGGGGAGCGAGGGGUGGACGCCAGUAUUUUCCAGAACGCAAGCAAGUUGCACCUUACGAUAGGCUGUCUUGUUUUGCUCAAUGAGGAAGAAGUGCAAAGAGCCACUGAUAUGCUUCAGUCCUCACUUGAGGAAGUGCUAAGGCCUAUACUGAAGGACGGUCCUCUGCACAUACAGUUGAAAGGCUUGGAGUACAUGAAUGAUGACCCGUCAGAGGUUGAUGUUCUCUACGCUAAGGUCUUGGAUAACACUGACAGACUACAGAGCAUAGCAGAUCGUCUUGUAGACCGCUUAUCCACAUCAGGUCUGAUGCAGCGGGAUUAUGAGCGGGUCAAACUUCAUGUGACUGUGAUGAACACACUGUUCAGAAAAGACCCCACUGGGACAACUGAGGCGAGACAACCCCAGGAGAAGGGCCGCAAAGAGAGAGAAUCAUUCAGUGCGGUGCAGUUGCUAAAGAAAUUUGGGGAUUACAAAUUUGGUUCCCAUACAGUGGACACUGUUCACAUAUCCCAGAGACACAGAACUGGUCCACAAGGAUAUUACGCUUGUGCAGGAUCAAUCAGACUUACUUGAUGUGAAAUUCUGGAAUAAACAUAAUAACUUA